GCAAACUCCUCUCUGCCUCGGACUGUGAUGUUCAGAACCCUGAACCGGUUCUGGUCCAGGAUCUCACGUCAGCCCGGUUCAUUUGGGUCUGAGACCGGGCAAGUUCGGGUGGUUCUGGACCCUGUGUCCCGGUGGUUCUGGACCCAGUGUUCUGGUUCGGCCGGUACCAGUUACGUAAGAGCUGUCGGGUUUGGACGGACCGGUCCAUUGAGGCGGGGGGAGAGCUGGUUCCAGAACCGAUCUUAGGUGGGUCAGAGCAGGCGGCUCGGUUCUGGUUCGGGUCUGAGGAGGACCCUGUGUGUUUGUAUGAAGAAGGAACCGGGACCGGCUCGGUACUGUGACGGUGACCGGCGGUUCGGUCCACGUCUCGUCGUCGCCGCCCCCCUGUGGGAGAUGGUACGGUCCAUGUGACGUCAUCCUUUGUUUACAAAUGAAAGCGUCUGUUUGUUGGACCGGACCGGAUCAGAGCCGCGUGCUGAGCCUCGCAGCGACCCGGUACCGGACGACAUGCCGUGUUUGAAGCAGAACUUCCUGGUUCUGGAGCAGUCCGUGUCCGUGGACUCGAAGGACGUGGACGCGCUGAUCUCGCGGAUCGAAGGGGUUCUGCAGCUCCACCCGGCAGGACACAAGUCCGGCUCGGUCCCGACCGGCCCGGCCCACAAAGUCCACAGCUGCUGCCUGCGGCUCCGGAACCAGCGGAACCAGCGGGGGAGUCCGUACCGGCUGCCCUCCUCCCGCAGCGACCAGGACCAGGACUGGGACCAGAUCCGACCGUGGCCCAGGACGCGGGUCCGGACGGAGGAGGCCGACCCGCAGCAGCUCCUGCAGGACCUGGUUCUGUCCGGAAACCUGAUCAAAGAGGCGGUCCGGAGGCUGCAGGUCCCGGGUCCGGACUGUAGAGACUUCAGCUAGACCCGGAACCCCGGUCCGGAUGCUAACUGUUAGCCGCCCGGCUAAGGCGCGUGUUGAUGUUUGGGACGUGCGCGACCAGGAUGGGUCACAGAGUACAGGAACGCGCGUGCGUGUGAUGUUUGGACUCCAGCUGUUUGUUUGUUUGUUUGU